UUACAAACAAAACACAAUUUGUUGAAAACAAAAACAAAAGAUUGAAUCUAAAAGACAAUACUGAGGCUAUAUUGGAUCUGUCGCAACACAAGGGAGAGGCGAUGCAGGAGGCGCUGGGAGUCAGUGAGGAGGAGAAAACUGCGGGAAAACUGGAAGAAAAGGAGACAGAAAGAAGCGAGGAGAUGCAUGAAGAUGCUACAGCAGAGGACGACACAAAAGGAGAGGAAGGCUGCGUGGAGGAGGAUGGAGAGAUGAGCGGAGACUGGGAGAUCCCAUACAGUGACGAGGAGAUGGAGGAGCCCAGGAGCUGGAUGCCUCCGCCCCACGAGAUCAAGCGGCUCUACCAGAUCCUGGCUAAAGGAGAACCGCUGGAGCUGAAGUGGGAGCCGCUUCCACGCCGACCUCCGACCCCUGCACGCACGCCCUCGCCUGAGAGAGACGGAGACGCCUCGCAGGAGCCCCAGGAGGACCAGCGCAAGGCUCUCACUCCAACUGAAUUUGAUUUCGAUGAGGAACAGACGGUGACUCCCAAGAACUCUUUUCUGAGCCGCCGCAGGACUCCAGGAUCCUCGGCCCGCUCUGCGGUCAGGCGCGAGGCCCGGCUGGACAAGGUGCUGUCGGACAUGAAGCGGCACAGGAGGAUGGAGGAGCAGAUUCUGCGCACGGGUCGAGAUCUGUUCAAGAGCGGUAAAGAGCGGCCCGCCGGCGCGGAGAAGCCCUCAUCACCCGAGAGCCAGCGCGAGCGAGACCGAGACCCCAGCACCGUCUUCAGUCCCCAGCAGAGGAGAUACUGACCAGCACACCCCAAAUCAUCACUGUUCGUUUCACAUCAGACACUGAUAUACUGAUGCUGUCUUUUUUAUUCAGGUGUUUUUCUAUGUGAAUAAAUAAGUGUAUUGCCUAGCUGCUGGUUCCUGCUGUUUUAUAAAUGAUACUAAGCUCUUAAGAAUUGUAGGAAAAGUUUCAUGUGAUUAUAAUAAAACCAAUUGAACCCUAAAAGGGGCGAUGUAUCCUGGAGGACACAAACAUUUGAGAAGCUGUGGAGAGAAGCAGGGAAAGUGUAGGUCUCAUUUCUUGGUUUCAUGUUGAAAGGUUGUGAAUAUUUAGAUGAGGUGAGUUAGUUUCUACAUUCUGUGUUUGGCUCACAGGCAGCAUUUAAACCUGCACGGCCGCCUGUCGUGGGAAAAACGUUGAUCUAGUUCAUAUUUACACAUGUUGGAGGGGACUUACCUGUUUAAAAAGCUGUUGUUCAGCAUUAGCUUAUUAGGUUUACAUUGAAAUUUUAUGAAUUAAAUGCUUACAUUUUUUGUAAUCUGUCUCUAAACGU